UGUAGCAUAAUUUUAGAUGCCCACGCAUUGAAAGUAAUAGAAAACAUUACAGUAAAAACUAAAACAAUAAGAAAUUAAAUAAAAAUUUGAAAAAAAAAUUAAAAUUAAGACAAAUAAAUAAUACAAAGAACAAAUUAAAACUAUUUAGCGAAUCUGGUCAUAAAUAAAACAGUGUUAAAAUAUAUACAAAACAAUAAAAAGCAACCCUGCGUAUUAAAACGAAAAACCGAUGUUAAAAAUUCUAAAACUAAACCACAACGAAAUGACGAAUAGAAAAUUUAAACAAAAGAAAUAAAAUAAAACAAAAUUAAAAACAAAAACAACAUUAGAAAAAAAUCAGUAAACGCACUUUGAACCGUUUUCAAUGCUGUAAAAGUUUAAAAAUCUCAAAAAUUUGUAAUACCCGAGAUUUAUUCGUGAAUACCGUUACAUUUUUAUAAUAUUCGUAAAUGUCCACGCGUUUGCAUUUGGUGCCUUUCUAAUGUUAUCAAUGUGUUUGUGCGUGUUGGUAUGAAAACAAAAAUAUAGAUAAUUACAAAAGGAAGUAUCAAAUAAACCAUAAUUGUUGUGUGAAGAAAGUGAGCGUGAAUUGUUAAAUAACAUAGCCGAUAGUGUCAAAAGUCAAAAAUACAACAAAUUAGUAUCAACUUAUCAAGCAACGGUGAAGUAUUGAUGAAGCUGUGCUAAGUAGUCUGCGGCUGGGCUUUCAAAACGAUUGCUGUUGUUGCAGCGCUACAUUGCAUUGUCGUUACGAGAGUGGGUCGUUGGAUAUGACAGCAUGCGCUUGAUCAGCAGCGCUGUAAUUGAGAGCAUCGUAACGUGGUGAAAAGAACACUCCAAAUAAGCGAGCAGUGAAUCCAUACGUAAUUUCAGCGUCAAUAAUGCAUUUUUUCUAGCAAAGCUGGUAAUAUCACAUUAGAGCCGAGUAACCUUAAAGUCAAAACGUCAAAAUUAGUUAAAAUAGAAAAAUCUUCACAACACAACUCGCUACUCUAAGCGAGCGACUGUGCGCGUUACUGCCAAUCGCGACGACGCAACACGUAGUAGUCAUUAGUGUGUGAAACUCGAGUAGCAGCCACAGGAUAUCAGACAGCAGACGAGACAGCUGAGAGCAAUUGGAGGGCGUUUGGUGUGCCGCUGGUUGUUGUUCGACAAUCGAAUCACAGUCAGACACCAGCGUAGCGCUUGCACGCGGAGUGGACGGUGUUGGCGUCUCUGCGUGCGUUAUUCUACGUCAUAUAGCGCUUAGUUCGCGAGCACGUGGCACAGGCAAAUACAGACACGAGCGGGUAGGAUCUGGUGACCGUGACGGCUGGUAGGCGGAGUGACACAUUUAUUUUUUUAGUUUGAUUGCAACGACAUGGCCUGCGUAAAUUGUGAGCUGGCCGCAAUUAUGAAAUGGCGACUAGCGGUGAUAUAUCGAUGAUCUCACCACCAUCGUCUUCCAUUUCGAACGGCCAGGAUCCAUUCGGACAAUUGCCGCCGCUGCCACCGCCACUGCGUUCAACACAAGUGCUUCAACCGCUAACGGUUUUUCCAGUGUCCAAUUUGAGCGAAGACUCUUACGAUUAUGUUUUUGGUGGUCGACGUAAGACCCCGCCUGCAACAAGAACAACAACUACACUCAAGCUGACCUCACCGCCAGUACGCCUGCGACCAGAAGACGCACACCAUCGUGGUGGCAACGUAAAUAAUGGUGGCCGCUUUUAUCGUCAUUCCUUCAGUUACGCGCCAAAACGCACACGACACGGCAACAACAGCGAGCGCAAUGAAAAUCGUGAAUCACGACUGAGAUGUCAUGGCGAAGACGAAGCAACACUGCGCCAACUGCUUCUCGAUUUGCAAAAGCAAGUUAGCGUGAUGAGCAUGAAUUUAUCAGCUAAACUGGAUGAGCUUCAAAGAGGCGAUCGACACUUGGAGACGACAGUCGCCUUGUGUGAAAUACGUACACAGCUGCAGGAGCUGACCAAAUCCGUGGAGAGCUGUCAAAGUGAAGUGUCUGAGGUGAAACGUGACAUGGUGGCGAUCAAGCACGAAUUAGACACCGUGCAACAAGUUAAAGAGGAAAUCGAAGAGCUGCGCGAAUACGUCGACAGACUGGAGGAGCACACACACAGACGGAAGCUAAGACUUUUAGAACAAGGUCUUACCUUCUUCCUAACAUACUCGAUAUUCUCAGCGGUGCUGGGUAUGUUGCAGUUCGGUUACAAUACCGGUGUGAUAAAUGCGCCCGAAAAGAAUAUUGAGAAUUUCAUGAAGGAUGUAUACAAGGAUCGUUAUGGUGAGGAUAUUAGCGAGGAGUUCAUACAACAGCUGUACUCGGUGGCGGUGUCGAUAUUCGCCAUUGGCGGCAUGUUGGGUGGUUUCAGCGGCGGUUGGAUGGCCAAUCGCUUCGGCAGAAAAGGCGGAUUAUUAUUAAAUAAUGUACUUGGCAUAUCGGGUGCUUGUCUAAUGGGUUUUACCAAAGUUAGUCAUUCCUAUGAAAUGUUAUUCCUUGGCCGAUUUAUUAUUGGUGUUAAUUGCGGUCUUAAUACAUCAUUGGUGCCAAUGUACAUCUCCGAAAUAGCGCCACUGAACUUACGCGGUGGAUUAGGUACUGUAAAUCAAUUGGCUGUGACAAUAGGUUUACUACUAUCCCAAGUGUUGGGAAUCGAACAAAUUUUAGGAACUAAUGAUGGCUGGCCAGUUUUACUUGGUCUAGCCAUAUGUCCAGCAAUAUUGCAAUUAAUAUUACUGCCGGUAUGCCCGGAAUCGCCCAGAUAUCUGCUUAUAACGAAACAAUGGGAGGAGGAAGCCCGAAGAGCGUUACGACGACUACGUGCCUCGAGUUCGGUUGAGGAAGACAUCGAAGAGAUGCGCGCCGAAGAACGCGCUCAACAAACCGAAAGCCACAUUUCCACCAUGGAGCUCAUCUGUUCGCCCACACUACGACCGCCAUUGAUUAUCGGCAUUGUUAUGCAGCUGAGUCAGCAAUUUAGCGGUAUCAAUGCGGUACUCUACUAUUCGACAUCGCUAUUCAUGAGUUCCGGCCUGACGGAGGAGAGCGCUAAAUUCUCAACGAUAGGCAUCGGCGCCAUAAUGGUGCUAAUGACGCUCGUCUCAAUACCGUUAAUGGAUCGUACCGGUCGUCGAACACUCCAGCUAUACGGUUUAGGUGGCAUGUUCAUAUUCUCGAUAUUCAUAACGAUUUCAUUUUUAAUUAAGGAAAUGAUCGAUUGGAUGUCGUAUCUGUCGGUGGUGUCAACGCUCGGCUUUGUCGUCUUCUUUGCUGUUGGACCCGGCUCUAUACCGUGGAUGAUCACGGCAGAACUGUUCUCACAAGGCCCCAGACCCAGCGCGAUGGCGAUUGCUGUAUUAGUCAAUUGGAUGGCGAACUUUGUUGUCGGCAUUGGUUUCCCCAGUUUGAAGGCUGAAUUGGAGAAUUACACAUUCUUGCCGUUUAGCGUCUUCUUAGCUAUAUUUUGGAUAUUCACCUACAAGAAGGUUCCUGAGACUAAGAAUAAGACAUUCGAGGAGAUAUGCGCGCUGUUCCGACACGGAAAUGGAAGGAGUAUGCUAAACUGCACAAAUAGCUUGGAGCCACAAAGUAUGAAUUCUGGCAUCGAACAUGCCGCAUUGAUGGUAUCUGAGGAAAAGACCCAACAUGACUCACCUGCAUCCGAGCGUUGUUUAGAAGGCGGCCGAAAUACACUCCAGGGCCGGAGCGGUGCCUCUGCGCCCCAUCACCAUCGUCAGCAAAUACCUGUCUGCCCGAACAGCGGGCCUUGACUGAGGAACGCCUCACCUCCUGAAACUGCCAGUGUACAUUCAACGAAUGCUGAACAACACCAAUACCCACAUCAACAACAACACCCAACACAAUCGAAAACAUCACGACAACAACAGCAGCAGCAGCAGCAACAGCAGUUACAGCAACAUCAUCACGUACAUUGUAGCUAUGAUAAGGAUAUUGUAUGUGACGACACGCAAGCGCACCUGCAGCAAUUGCAACAGCAACAGCAGCAACAACAACAGCACGGCGAUCAGCCAUAUAUGCACCAGCCAACUCAUUGUCACAGCCACAUUGCUUACGCGGAACCGCUUCAGCAAUCCACCACCACACCGACGCCGCACCGCCACCAAGCGCAACGCAAGCACAGCCACAGUCCACACCAUAGUCGCCAUACAUCGCCGCACAGUCAUCACUCGCACAGCCAGCACUCAUCACCGCAUCAAUCGCAUCAUCAUAUGCACGAAACCGAUUCGCUGACGCGUUCAUCACUGACUCAUCCACCACGUCCUGCAGGAAAUGCGCAAGCUUCAUCCACUCAUCAUCCACAUCAUCAUCAGCAUAAUCAUCGACGCCGGCGUUCGCGUCACAGUCAUCAACAGAAUGGAAAUGGUAACGUUAAUGGUAAUACAGGAGGUGGAGGCGGCAGCGGUAAUUCGAGUUUACAUGGUCCACAUGGGCAUAGCCAACAUAGCGAACCGCGUUCCUCAAAUCGGCAUCACAGCCACACACAUGGCAACAGCUGCACACGACGUCAUCGCUCAGCCACAGAUAUUUCUAGUACCUCGCUGAACACGUGCCACGAUCCAACUUGUGUGGAUCGUGAGGUGCAAGAGAUAUUGGUACGUAAGACCUGUUGCAACUCUUCGCGCACUGAGCUUGCGCAAUAUUUCGCAGAGGAUCUGUAUGGUUCCACACGUCGUCCGUCGUCGUGUUGCACCUCUUCAGAUUAUUGCUAUCAAACUGAUUCGACUAGUCUUUAUGGCUCACGUUCGUCGCUCAGUCGCAAUAAUUCUAUUAAAUCAGCAUCGGUUGCUCUACGCAAACGUCGUUUGCACCAGCGACAACCCAGCUAUACAUCGAUUUCGUUGCGUGGCUUGAACGCUGGACGUCCAAGCAGUCAGCCCGGUUCGCUAACUUCCGUUUUCGAUCGCGCCAAACAGAUGGGUAUCGAUGCCGCCGAUUUGGACAAACGUGGUAGUGGUGGCAAAAUUGUAGUAUCGCCUUCUAAGGUAACGAUCGAACGUCAAAUUUCAAAGGAUGCGCUGAGCAAUGAUCUGCCCGAGUAUGCGUGCUCACCGUCACCGAUACGUUGGAGCUUUCUGGCCGAUGGUAAGUCACCUACCGAAUUCGAACGCGCGGUGGCCGAGAUGGACACCAAAGAUCCCUGGACUUCGGCGGAUGAGCAAACACCACGUGUAUCCCGCGAACCUAAGCCAACUAAGUGUGAGCAUCGCAGCGAACAUCGGAGCGAGCAUCGUUCUUACACCAUGCAGCACAGCAGCCGCAAACACACACACGAUGAGCGGCCCAGCACUUCGGCAGCAGCGGCGGCGCGGAAAUGUCGCGAGAGCCCAAUGAACUGUGAUUUUGAGGAGACAUCAACCACGGUGCUUUUCCAUCAGGAGGCGGACUCCUACAAUAACUGUUGCAAUAACUACAUCCAAUGUAACACCUACCUCGAUCAAGAUCUGCAGAUCACCAGCGAAGACAUACAUCAAUAUCUCUCGAAGGGCAAUCAACAGUCCAGCGAUGUAUUGAACAAUUCUAAAAACUAUCCAUUCCAGCCAAGCAAUGCCUUGGAAUUUCAGUAUAAAAACAAUUUCGCCAACAACAAUACCGGUGCUGCCUCCUCGGAGGGUGGUGACAGCGUGCGCGGUUAUGAGUUCUGUUUUCGACGCAACUCCAGUAAAGAGACAAAUCUAAAUCAGAAUUCUAACGCUGCUGGCACAGCCGGUGGCGAGUCGGAGGGCGCCACGGCCUGUGUUGCGUCCUCUUGCAGCAGCACACCGCUCUCACCAACCAACAUCAACCUCUCGUCUAGCACGAAUAAUAUUAAUAUCGUCUUCGGCAACUACACCGAACGCAACGCCAAUGAAGUCAAGUUCAUUAAUACCACACGCGGUGGUGAUACAGUCGCUGUCUCAACCGAGGCGCACCACACCGGCUAUCUGCCAUACACCUACCCAAGCUAUGACUACACAAACAUGUCGGCAAACUCACAGUUCGACAAGCCGCUAGGCAUUGGUGAGCUGCCCAAAGACUUCACCACAACCACCACCGCUGCCGAGGAGGAGGGCGCAAUAGGUGGCUGCUCUAGGGCCACUUGCGCCUCACCAACGAUCACCGCCACAAGCGAUGGCCAACACUCAUCCCUACUGCAAUCGCCAGUACCCACUGGUGUCUCUUUUGAAUCAUUCGGUGCUGCUUCCGAUCACAAUUUGAUAUCGUGUCGUGGCAGUUGUCAAUUUUCACCAACACCACGCUCACCACUAUCGCCUGCAUCGCCAGCCUCCUCACCAUGUUUGUCGGCCUCCAUUAAUCCGGCUGCCGCUUCCUAUGUGAACGCACAUCAUCCAUAUUUUCAUUAUCAGGCGCAUGGCGCCGAUCAACAGCACUCACCCAAUAGCGGUGCACAUCAUCAUUAUUACAAUCACCCGCAAUAUCAUCAUCAACAUCAGCAUUUCACCGAAAGCUUUAAGAUCAGCAAUGCUUUCAAAAAGGUGCGCAAGCGUGCACGCAAAUAUACCGAUUUCCUGCGCAAGAAGUGAGGAAGCCGAUCGAACGACCCGACGAUCGAUGUGUCCGUUAAAUGUACAGCAAUCGUGCAUCGAUCUAACAUCUAACACACAUUUGGAUCGUUUGACGACGCUUCGCCAGCGCGAAGUAUUGUAAAAGUUUGCUAUGUGUAUACAUGUCUCUAUUUUGUGCAGAUUCUCCCUACUUUGGCAAACGGUAUGUGGUCGUGGCGCUCAACCGACGCGCCUUUAGUUUGGACGAGGGUGGCAAUUGAAGCAAGAGUAGCACGAAGUAUAAUAGAGUUUUCGACGAGCUCUCAAUUUCUUUUGUGCUGAUUUUCAAGGUACCGCUAUAUGAACUAGUUCUAGAUCUAACGACUUCCAGCGCGCUUUAUGACGAAAAUCGGCGCUCGAGAGACUUAAGCUUCAUGAAUCCAUCGCAUGUAUUUAAACUUAAGCAAUCAGUUAUCAUUUCUUGGUGUUAAACAAUCAAGCUUGAUCUCCUCAAGCAAGCAGCAUGCGUCAAGCGUACGGCGGGCGGUGAGCGGCUGACCUUAGAAAUUACCAAAACAAAUAUAAAUACAUACAUACAUAUGUCAAUAUGUAUUUUGAAUCAAUCUUGAAAAGCAAUAAAGCGCAGUAAGCUGCAGAUAAGUACUGAAAAAUAUAGGAAGAAGAAAACGAAGAAGAAGUAGAAGAGUGUCUACUAAUGUGCACAAUACUCGAGUAGGUGCGGCGUGUUACCCCGUUAUUUGAAUUGAGUAUAAGGACCUAUUGUAGAAGCAUAAGCAGGCGUAAAUUAUUUACUUUGUUCACUGCCAAACAACUAAAAAUCUAACUGUAAAACAGAAAAACUCAAAACAAAAACAAAAUAUGCGAAUAUAUGCAUAAUCAAUAGAAGUUGAGUAAUAUAUGUAUGUAUAAGAAAUGCAAAAGUGUGGCAACGCCACCCAAUCAAAUGCCAAAUUCAGUAUGCCCAAACCAAAUAGUGAGUUGCAAAGUGCUGUGUGAGUUGUUGGGGGCGUGGCUGCGCACGCACACACAUACACACUAGCGGCAUGCUAGAUACACACACACCUACACACAGGCAUAAAAUAACGGUAAACACACAUUAAUGCUUGCAAAUAUUUGCCCGGAACACAAGAUCAGCAGGCGUGCAGUGCGCAAAACCGACGACUGCUUGACGAAAAGCGACUAAAAUUAAAAUUUAAAAACAAAAAGCAGUUAUACUUUAGUAAUUGAAAAAACAACAAAAAAACACUCGAGCAUAUAUGUAAAAGCAAACCAAAAACAAGUAAAUGCGAAAUUGUGACACAACGACUAUUUUAAUUAAAAAUAAUUAAAUUAAUUAAGGCAAGCAAAAUAAAUAGGUGAUUAUUGUGAGAACCCAUAGCGUAAGGUAAACAUAAAAUAAAUUUGUAUUACUCAAUAAAAUACAAAAACUAAAAUAGUAAUACAAAAACAACAAAUAAUAUGCAUACAAACAAUGGCAUUCACUGCAUAGGAACACGUACUUUCCAGUUAUAUUCGAAAAAAAAAUUAAAGAAACCAAAAUUACAUAAAUCACAUAGUAAGCAUGCAGUACAGUUAAUUUACAAAAACAACAGCAAGAAAUUAAAAAAAGUUAAGCCCCUAAAACAAACAGCAUUGCAGUACUCGUAAGGAUAUGUUAAAGCGCACAUUGAUUUUAAACUGUUCGAAGAAGCAAAAAUCUAAAACCUAAAAGCCCCAAAGUACCAUACACACACACUAGAAAUAACUAAGCUUUUGCUCAUACUCACAGAUGCCGCAAUAAAUUAGUUAUGAAUAUAGAAGAUAAUUUUUCAAAAAUUUUAAAAUCUAUCUUUCAAAAUUUUAUGUUUUUUUCCAAAUUUCAUAUUGUUGCCACGCUGCAUUUAUCUUUCUCGUAAGUGUAGUUUUGAGCACCUAAUGAACUGCAGUUGGGUUUAGUAAUCGCGUUUUAUACCGCUACUAAUGGUCUUUCAUAGUAAACAGAAAUCUCUAACCUUGCCGAGACACCAUACUUGUCGCAGCUAAGGGCCAAAAGUCUUUCAGAACUCUCUCUUUGAACAAUUGCAAGUAUCUCUCAGUGAUUGAUGAUCAUGAAGAGAACAGCUCUAAGCUUCGUAAACCUCCUACCGAACAUAUCCUUCUAAAAAAUUACCAAUUAUGUUUUAUCAAUUUAAAGCCAAAAGACAUCUAGCAACUACAGGAAGAUAUUUCAUAUAGAUUCAUUGACAUUUUGAAGAUAAUUUCAUUAUACCCCUAUUUUCGCAUCCCUAUAGGCGAAAAGCCGGGGCUGUCGCUUUUUACAAGCUUGGCUUGAGACCCAUUUUUUACGAGCAAAAUUAAACGUUAUAGAAACAGUCACUUAGUUCCGUAUUAUAAGAUGGAUACAUACGAAUCUCGCAACCAAGUUUGCGAAGCUUCUGGCGGGUACCUAUCGAUGUGUGUGGGCCCAAGCGUUAUCCCGGUGGAACACAAUUCCUCUCCAAUUGGCCAAAGCUGAUCGCUUCCUUUAAACGGUCUAUUUGUUGACAUUGCAGGUUCGAAUGAAAAGUCAAUCUCUCCACUCAUCGCGACUCGACUACGACCAAUUUCGCUUUUGGUUAUCACAAAUCACCCACGUUUUAUCACCAGUAACCAUCUGCUUUAGAAAUGAAUCGCAAGAUCAAAAGUUAUUCGCAGAUAUAAAAUCUUUCCAAAAGGUUUCUUUGCGUUGACACGUAUGGCAACCAUACAUCGAGCUUCUUUUAAUAUUCCGCACUUUUUAAAUGGUUCCACUUGAUUAAUUUGCAAUUUAUAGCUCCUGAGCAACCGAAACAAUGCUUACAGGGUGAUCGGACUCGACGAUUUCCAUUACUUCAUAUUUUUGCCAUUAAAAUCGGAACGGAAUUGUCGAAAGUGAAAUUCCGCGAGAUUUGCUCUUACGGACCAUAAGCACUACUCACAUUUUUCGCCGCGUGGCUUACGUUUUCACUAUUAUCGAAGAAAAACUGUAAAAUAUUUCAUAUUAUCCCUUUGCUGGAAUCCAACUUUGACAGUUGCUCAAAGAAUACUGAGUCAGGCAAUAGCAAAACUGUCUGAGAAGAUUUUUUAGUACGAAAACGUAUCGUUCUACCGCCAGUUAUCGUAACCGAUUACACUUAUUUAGAGCGAAGCACAGAUGACAAAAGCCAUUUAUUGGAAAGAGAAUGGAUUUCUUUUGAGUCGACCUAGUCUGGUGGGUACCAGUUAGAAGAAUACCUUAUCGCUUAUCGGAUAAAAAUAAUAUAAAAUCGUUUCAGCGGAAUUUUCGAAUUUUAGUCUUCCUAUUACUCAAUUAUAUGCCUCUGAUUUAAUUCACUCUCUCUUAAUUAAGGUUUGAGGAAGUUCAAAAAUAAAAAAUAAUAUUAAUAAUUUAUCCCACAUCAACACAUUCUGUAUUAUAAUUCAUUACUUUAUUAAUUCGAACCGCCUUCCACUCGACCAAUCUCAGAUCGUUAUGUUUGUGCUCCGCUCUCUUGUCAAAAAAUGUAUAAGUGAAGGCAACAACAAAGCAAUCCAGUUGGAUUCGCACAAGAGAGUAUGUGGUUGCCUUAUUAGGUGUUAUAACCACAUGCUCUACUUAUCUUUCUCACACCAAUCGUGCUAGAAUUACUAAUUUAUGCCAGUUGAUUUUUCCAUUCUCUACUCAGCAAAGUUUGUCGAAUCGAAAAUAUAUUCCGUCUAGUUCAGAUCGACGAAAUGACGUACGAUAGUUUCACUUGAAUAAAAACUUUCCACAUUAGAUACUUUACUAUAAUUGUAAAGAAGCCAUUUCGGGAUUAAGGUAUAGACAUUUUCUGAGCAUUUUUAUUUAUUCGGUAAAACUCGGUAGUAUAACAACACACAAAGUAGUUUCAGUAUAAAAGCUUUUCUGUAAUCUGUACCGAAAGUUUUUUUUUUCAAAAAACUUUAGCUGCCUGAAAAAAGCUGCCUUCCUUGUAGCUUAUGUGGAGACUUUAUUCUGACUGUCGUUCAACAACAAUUACCCUUUCAAAUCUGCAACAAUAAUUUCUAAGUUUUGUUGGAAAACAUGUUUAGAUUCCAAUAAUAGAAGACAUAUGUAUGUAGAUGUAAUUAAGCUCUGUGGCAUACUCUUUUUUUAAUUAAUCAGUCGAUGAUAAAUUCUAAAAUUUUCAGUCUGAUCUUAUUGUGUGUUUAUUUAAUUUUAUAAAAUAAGCUUUUACUUUGACCCGCACUGACUGCGACACAUUCUUGCUCGAUUAUGAAUAUAUUACUUUUUAUAUAUGUAUUAUACUUAUAAAAAUAUUAAUUUUAAGAAUUAGCAAAAAAAUAUUCUAAAUAACGAUAAAGUGUAGAUUUAUAAUAAGUAAAUGUGUAGAGAUGUUAGUCGACUUCAGUUGUAAAUCGUAUGGAAUUUGAAAAGACCCAAUUUUGUAAUAUCAAUUCAGCAAAAGUAAUGAUUAAUAUAAUAAAUGAUAAAUUACAACAAAAAAAAUAUUAGUUGAAAACUAAAAAAAAUAUAUAUAAUAAUAAAUAAUAAUUAAAGUAAAGAAUAUUAGACAUUAAACUUUAUGUAAAAAAGAGCAAAAUCCAUGCGCAAAUGUUUAAAACAGUUAAAACAAAACACGAAAACAAGUAAAAGUAAAAGUUCAAGUAUUUAGGGAGUGAUUUAAAGAUUUAAGUACGCACGCGCCAAGUGAAAAUGUUUUAGUUUUUUUUACAAAAUAAUGCAAAAUGCACUGAAAUGUUGCGCAUAAAUUUUUUUCAUUUUAAUUUUUUUUAACGAAAUUUAUUUUAUUUAAUUCUUUGUUUAAAAAAAAAUUUGUGAUUGCAGAUAUAUUUCUGUUGUUUGUAAGAAUAUGUUUUGUCUGUAGAAAAUUUUUCUUGUAAUUUUUUUUAGAAAAAUAAAAUAUUUUUUCAAGUGAAAAUUUUUAUAAAUAUGUUUUUUUUAAGUUUUUUUUUAAAUAUUUUUUUUUUAAUUUAAAAAAAAUUUUUUUUUUAUUUUUUUUAACUUUAUUUUUAUUAUAAUAUAUUAAACCGUGACUUAUAACACCUAUUGCGAUAUUCUGCAACCAAUUGUAGUUUUUUAUAAUAUAAUAUAAAAAUAAAUUUUUUGUUUUAAAAGUUGUUUUCAGAAAUUUGUUUUAUAAUUUUUUUUUUUUUGUUGGUGAAAAAAAUUAAUUUAAAAAUGUUUCUUGUAAUAUUUUUUAAGUUUUUCUUUGUUUCUUGUAUAUUAGUUUUUAAACUUAUUUUUUUGCAGAAAUAUCUUUUUAAUACAAUUUUUUUUUAAAGACAUAAUGUGUUUCCAGAAAUAUUUUUUGUGAACUUUCGAUAUUCCGCAAUAAAUUUUCUAAGCUUUAAGCUUUAAGAACGCACACUUCAUACACACACAACUGCAGCUUCAUGCUAUAAAGUUCCUAUAAUUUUUAAAAGAAUACUGCAUAUUAAUUUCUUUUCAACAAACGUUUAAGUGGCUGAAAUUUGAGGGAAAAUAUUCGAAGCAAAAUAGGCAUAUAUUAAGUACUUAGAAGCACAACAAACACACACAUGCCACUUGACCAUAUUUCUAAAAGCACUGCUCGCAAUUUGAACCAAGAAUUUCGCAAUUGCAAUCGGUGUGCAAUUUUUGUGUAAUUUUUUUAUAAAUACGACUACUGUCUUCCAUUAAAAUGAAAUGAAGAAAAUGUAACAACAAAAAAGAAAAAACAAAAAUCAUUUAAGUAACUUUAUUUGACCAAGCAAUUUGUUGUUGUUGUAUGUUUCUCACUUUUGCAUUUCUUUGAAUAACACACACCAACACACACAUGUAUAAGCGUACUUGAGUAAUUAAUUAAGCUAAAAUUACUUAAAACGAAAAUUCAGAGAAAAAAUCAAGCAACAAAUGCCCGACAAGUAAGUGUUACAACAACACAAAGACGAAAAAAAAAUUAUAAGAUUAUUUAAAAAAGGAAAAACAAUUCAAAUCGAAUGUACCUUGUGCGAAAAAACACUGUAUGUAAAUAUAAGUUAAAUAAAAUUAAAAAAAAAAAAAAUAAAUAAAAACUUAUAAAAAAAUAUUAAUUUAAAUAAAAGAAAAAUAUUUAAAUUAAAUAAAAAUUAAUUAAAGUAAAUUAAAGAUAGUGACAACAAUAAUCGUAGCUACUAACAAAUAUAAUAAAGUAAUUAGGCAAAUUAAUUGUAAUGAAAGGAAAGCAUAAAGUGUUACAAAAUAAAUAAAAAUAAAAAUACAAAAAUUAUAAAUAAAAAAUAAAACACAGAAAGCAGAAAACCAAAAACAAAAACAAAAAAACACAACAACAUUAGCGCCACAGUUAACCAACAAAACUUGAGCAAAACAAUAAGAAUGCAAAUCUAAAAUUAAAAAAAUUAAAAUUAAAAAAAAUCAGAUAGUGAAAUGACAUUAAAUUAAAGAAAUACAAAUAAAUAGCAAAAAAAUAUAAUUAAUUAAUAAAAGAAGAAGCAAAACAAAACACAACCAAAAUCGCAUAAUGAUUUAAGUCAUUUCGUAAAUAGUUAAAAUUUUCAAUGCACUGCCAAAAAAGGUUUUUAAAGUGAAAAUAGCGACAACAAAUGUUAUGUUCUUUUUGUACAUAUUAUAUAAUAAUAAUAAAAAGAUAUAUAAUAUUAAAAAUAAAAUUAUAAAAAACAAAAUGAAACAGAAAUACAAUGUAAUUAAAAUACUAAAAACUAACGGUAGUGAAAAUAACUCGUAACGAUAUAAUUUUAUUGCACUUGAAUAUUUAAAUAAUAUAUAUACAUAUAUACAUAUAAUAGUAAAAAUAAAUUAAAAAUUUAGAAGACUAUUGUUAUGAAUAGUUGAAGCAUAAGCAAUGAUAGUAAAUAAAAUAAAAUUUACUGAUAAUUAUUAAAAAUAGAUUUGGUAUACAAAAUUUUUUUAAUAGUGGACACUUAUGUAAGUCAGUUUUAUGGAAAUUUUUUUAAUAUUUGUAUUUAUCAUUUUUGCAUUAAUUGUUUUUUUAAAUUAAAAAUGUUUUUUUUUUAUUAUUAUUUUUUUUUUUAUUUGUGUAAUUAUUAAUGAUUUUUUAUUGCUAAUGAAUAAAAAUGCUACUAAAUUAAGACACAAAAAUUUUACCAAAAUGUUGGUCGUUUUUGGAUUGGCAAAAUUCGAUUUUUGAUUAAAACAAAAUACUGAUAGGUCAAUGUAUGGAGAAUCAUUUGAUAGGGAACUACUCAUUUGUCUCCGAGUAUGUAAUCACUCAACCAGAUUAUAAAUAUGUUGUUUUGAGGAAAAAAAUAUAAUAAUUCAGAGCGGCAACAUUUAACAAAGCUGCAACAAAACCUAUUUGAGAUUUGAUUUAAAAUUAUAGCAUGUUAUUUUCAAAGGUAAAGCCCAAGGUAAUAUGUAAUAAAAAUCUUGUUUUUUUUUUAAGUCACACUAUACUAACCUACGUCUUUUCUGUAUCUCUCUCUCUCUCUCUCUCUUACUUACUUUUAAUAGUUCCCUCUCCCUCUUCCCACCGUUAUCUUUGAUUGGAAUCUAUUUUGACAGAACAUUUCGAGCUCUGUUAAUCCUUCAAACUUAAAAUUGUCGGAAACAUUUAACGCUCUAUCCACAUUGCUGUUAAUGUCUUUAGAGUCCAACAUAAUUCUUUUAAUAGUAAUAUAUAUAAAACGAACAAAAAGAGCAUGGAAUUGCUUGUUUCAGAAAAAAAUAAAAAUAUUCUCAAAAUGUAAGGUUACAUAGUUCUCAGUGGUGGUUGUAAUGUUUGUUCUCACUAACACAGUCGCUGUUCCACUCAUGCCGACCACUGCCUGAGAUUCACUUAAACUGUCAAGGCCCAAGUAGUUGUCGCAUUUAAAAUGGAAAGUAUUGCGUCGUAUUCGUUUGCGUACCGAAGUCUGCCCAAAUAAUCGUUGAACAUAUUUUCCCCAUACUCGCAAAAUUCGCUUUAUAUAAGCUCUACUAUCUUAUCAAGUACUACAAAGUUAUCUCUCGAAAGUUAUAGCUUUAUAUAUAUAUAAAGAUAGAUUGUUCGUUUCAGCACUUUCCAAGGCUUCACAAAUCCAAGACAGCUAUAGAUAAAUAAAGUUACUUCUAUAAAACUGAACAUUUUUUAUAAUUUGUGUCAAAUUCUCUAUGUUUUGUGCCUUUUAUUUCUUACCUUUACUCUGCAUCCAAUUUCAAGCUUUAACUCGAAGUCAGCACUCGACAUUUCAUUUACUCGACACGCGGCAACUCUUUAUCGGCAGUUGUUUCACACCAAACAAACAGGCUUUAGUAUUUUGCAAACUUCUUGGAUGCUUCUUUAAACAUUUUAAGCAUGACUUUAAGUCCAUGGUGCCAUAAUUCCAUAAAUGAUGCUCUACACUAAUAUACUAUAGUUUACAUGUUUACGAUUAGAGAUAUUAAGUGAAAGGGUGUAGGUUUUUUGUAUUUUUUUAAAUACGAUUAUUUAUAUUUCAAUUACAUAGUUUUUAUUUCAAUUACAUAAUAUUUUUGAGUUGUUCGAAAGCAAAAAAUAAAUAUUGAAAUUAAUAAGCAGAACCACGAAAUCAAAACCAAACGUUAACACUGAGAAAUUUAACUAAUAAUUGCAUGCGAAUAUUUGAUUACAUAAAUAAUAUUCGAAGUAAUUAAAAAUCGACUCUAACGGCAUUGCAUGGUUGAGCUUGCCAUGCGACACAGCUGACUAUAAAUAGGUGAUUACUUAUGGUUUUUAAGAUUACCAAAUUAUUUCUAAAUUUUUUACUUCAACAUACAACGCCAUUUCCCUUACGAAUUUAAAACGUAAAUUUCAAAUAUUUCUCCAAACCGUGGUCAAUUCACGUGGUUCAGUUAUGCCGCAUGGAAACGAUGCCAAGCAGUGCUGUGUGUUAUUCUAAAUGUAUAUAACAAAAAUAAAUCAUUGUUUUACAGUUAAGACAUACGAGUUGAUUGAAUUAGAAAAUAUAUAUACACAAACAUACAUAUAAAUAUGAGAGUAAAACAAAAAAAAAAAAAAACGAAAAAUAAAAUAAAAGUAAAAGAAAUAUAAAAAUUUUUAAUGUUCAUCAAAACGUAAACGUAAACGUAACGUAAGUUUAAGUAAUUUAAUUGAACACAAAAUAAUUUAAUAAAGAAAACAUACACUAUAGAGCAAAAUAGAGUAAAAUAUCGUUAGUAAAUAAAGUGAAGGAGAUUUAAAACUGCAAAAAAAGUUAAAUAGAUAAAUGCAAAAUACAAUAAUGACACAACCAAUAACGAAUGCAAUACACAAACAGAAUAUGAAAAUAAUAAAAAAGAAAAAAAAACACUUAGACGAAAAUAUUACAGCUGCAAAACUCACGAACUACAAUCUCUAAUAGUUAAUUUUUUGUUUAAACUUUUUUUUUAAUUUAUUUUUCAAACUUUUUUUAUUUAAAAAUUUUUUUAAUUCAAAAUUUAUUUUUAAAUUAUUUUUAAAAUCUUUUUAUUUAAAAAUUUUAUAUUUUUCACGAUUUUUUUUUUAAUUUUCGAAAUUUUUAUUUUUUUUCCAAAAAUAUUUUUUUUAGUCUUUACAAAAUUGUAUUUCUUUUAAAAAUUUCCGCAAACCACUUUACACCAGCUAAAAAUGCAAUAACAAAUUCGAAACCAGAAACAAAAACUAAGUAGUCAUACGCAAAUACA